AUGGGGCGGCAGAAGUGCGUGCAGUUGGAACUGUUUUCUGCAUCGUUGGAUAUUUCAAAACGUGAGGGGAAUUUCACCAUCGACGAGCUACGUCUGUCUGACAGCGCAGUGUAUUACUGCGUGCUCAGAGACACUGUGACAGAAACCAGAGGAAGUCUCGUACAAAAACACUCCUGUAAUAGGGCAAGGAGAAUCCAGCCCACUUUGCUCAAUGCGUCUGCAGGACAAUGUAGAUGUAUAAUGCCAAUCCUUGGGCUUGUCCAUCGUUACGAGGACUUGACGGAAAGAUUCCCCGACAAUGAAGACGAAACAGAUCACUUUAUCCAGUCAUUAAAACAAGCUUUACAACAACCUCAAAACCUGUUUGGAGACAAUAUACGGACGGGUAUGCCAGAGCUUGGUAACAUACAGAAAUCACAGGCGAGUCCCCGACUGAAGAGCAUAAAAAAGGAUGCAAAUGGUGUGUUCCCUCCAUACUCAAACGAAGCUAUGGGUGAUUCAGGUGCUUUCAGUCAGUCGGUGACACAAACCCCGGCAGUGGUGACCAUGAAGGAAUGUCAGUCUCUCAGCAUCACCUGUGUUUAUUACGGUCACAACUGGGGUUAUCGUUUCCAAGAUGGAUAUUUUCUCAAGCAAACCCAGGGCAGAUCAGAGCGGAGGCGGAUAUUUAACGGAGGGAAAUUUGUUGUACGGAUGGUUAAAGAAGAAAAGACUUUUUCACUGGAGAUUCAGGACGUAAGAAUUGAAGACACUGGCACAUAUUACUGUAAAGCACAUUACUACGACAACACACAGAUAAGAGAGUGGUCACUGUGUGGCAAAUACGGUACUGUGGAUGGAUCCGGGACCGUGGUGACUGUCACAGCAGAUUCCAGUUCUCUGGUGUCUAACAGUCCACCUUUACAAACCUCCACUGCUGGCGAAACUGUUACUUUAAGCUGGAAAUAUUCAGGCUUCUGUCAUUACACAGUAUAUUGGUACAGUCAGGCAACUGGUCAAGCUCUGAAACACCUGCUUCAGAGACACACUUCAGAAGAGGAGAAUCAAAAUGAUGUUGCAGGGGGAAAACUGUCCGCUUCCAUCAAUUCUGCAACAAAAGUCAUUCAGCUAAAGAUCUCGAAAAUGCAACUGGGGGACUCCGCCGUGUAUUACUGUGCACUGAGUCGGCGCUCAGCACGCACAGUGAAACAAAGGACGGAGCGAGCUGUACAAAAUCUUAUCACGGUAGGAUUACAGACACAGUGA